GUGUCCUGUGUUACAUAUUCAGAAACACUGGUCUUGGAAGGAGUGAAGGGCAGGAGCCUUCCUUGGCAGACAGGGUGUUAAAGGAAGUCCCUAUUGGGUGUUGGGGACAGAGGUUUUGGAGGCCGGAGGAGAGCUCCCAGGCCUUUCUGUGGCUCAGGGCUGGUUAUCUCCGUUGUAGGUGCGAUGGCUGCGAAGCGGUUCUGCUAGGCAUCGAGCAGCAAGUUCUGCGAGCCAACCAGUACAAGGAGAACCACAGCCGAACUCAGCAGCAGGUAGAGGCAGAGGUUACCAACAUUAAGAAGACACUCAAAGCCACUGCCGCCUCCUCGGCUCAGGAGAUGGAGCAACAAUUGGCGGAACGGGAGUGUCCCCCUCACGCUGAGCAGAGGCAGCCCACCAAGAAGAUGUCCAAAGUGAAAGGUCUGGUCUCCAGCCGCCACUAGGGCCGGCUGGGGCAGCUGGUACUCACCAGGCCUGGGUCAGGUGGGGAGGGGACACCAAGGGCCUAUUUCCUCCCCUCUCUACCUUCCGUGAGUUCCAGACCUGCCCGUCCCCUCACCAGCGCCUCCCACCCUGUUGGUACUGUUCCAGAAGAACCGUUAAUCCUUUCUCCCCCACUUUCUCCUCCCCCAGUUGUUCCUUCAGACUCAGGGGCUCCACUGAUGCCAUCCCAACAGGGUCAGACACUGCCCAGCUUCCCUCCAGGAGGUUCUUGUCUUUGUUUAAGGGCUUGUCUCCCUCCCAGUUUUUCUUUUGCUCUGUGUCAUUUUUGUCAGGCUGGUCCUAAGCCGGAGGCAGCUUUAGCCGGCCCGCAGGAUGACUGCGAAGGAGGCUCCUCUCUGAGUGAGGAGGAGGGUCUGCCUCCUCCAGCCCCAUGUACCACAGUACCCACACGGGUGCAGGUGGUCUCUAGCCAGGUAUCAAAUGCUUUGUUUUCCCUCUCCUGCCUUAUCCCUUGUUGGCAGCUCCGAUCAGGCCACGGAGGGAUGUGAUGCUGGGCUAUGUUUACUAAACCUGCGGGUUUUCAGCCUCUUAAGCCCAGCUCCAAUCUCUCAUUAGUCGGGAGCACUGGGUUGACUAACCUCUGGUAUCUGAGCACCAGUGGAGGGUGCUGCGGGUCUGCUGGGUGGCAGAAGUUUCUUCCGGUUUGGUGUUCUUUGCUGGCCACGCUUCCUGCCCUGCUGCCCCCUUGACUCCUCAGCCUGGUUUUCAGUGUGAAGGCCCCAGCUGCCGCCCAGAACUGUCUGCCGACACUUGCUCUCCCGAAACCCUUUAUCCCUCCCGGCGGUGUCUAAGCUGGGGACGGUCGUGCUGAGGGCCCUCUGUCUGCUGAAGGACCUGCUGCUGCUUCUGUCUCUCUCUUUCCACCCCUCCUUGGCUGAUGACCCAGAGCCCUCUGAUGAUGGCAUUCUCCUGGCAAGAGAAAAGGACUUGACUAGCCUUUCUGAACUUGAACAGUUUCAGGUUAUAUUUUAAUUUUUUUUUUUUUUUUGUACAGGUUCUGAUUCUAAUACAUUUCAACAUGCUUUUUUUCCCCCUCGUGUCAAUAUUUGUUAAACUAAUCGCCGGUGAUUUUUCACCUGGUUGGAGGGUGGUGUGUGUGUUUGUGUGUGUGUGUUGUUGUUUUUUUUUAAGGGGAGGUGGAGGUCCUGGACUGAUAUUAAAGUUCAAUGAGAGAAAAAGCACAUUUUAGAACAAGAAAUAAAAGUGUAGAUUUAA